GCCAGUGGGGAGGCUGGUUUCGCUUUGGGGGGCAGCGGGAGCUGCCCUGCGGGCACCGGGAGGCGGAGCCCGGCGCGCCCGACAGCCGGGGCCGGUCCUGCCCCCUGCGCGCCCCAUGGCUCUGCAGAGGCUGUGUCGCGGCGGCGGGGCGCUCGGCCGCAGGAGGAGCUCCGGCCUGCAGGGCCAGCUGCCGGGGGAGCUGGUGGAGGCUCUGCGAGCCGUGGUGGGGACCCCGAAUGUGUCCACAGCCCUGGCUGCCCGGGAGCAGCACGGGAGGGAUGAAUCCAUGCACAGGUGCAGCCCGCCGGGUGCCGUGGUCUGGCCCCAGGACAUGGAACAGGUCAGCAAGCUGGCGGGGAUCUGCUACAGUCAUGGUGUCCCCAUCAUCCCCUUCAGCACUGGCACGGGCCUGGAGGGCGGCGUCACCGCAGUGAGGGUACGGAGCGGGGGCCCAAUGGGCGGCGUGUGCUUUAACCUGACCCGAAUGGAUCGCAUCACAGCGCUCAGCACUGAGGACUUUACCGUGGCCGUGGAGCCGGGGGUGACCCACAAAGCGCUCAACAACUACCUGCGGGACACCGGCCUCUGGUUCCCUGUCGACCCCGGCGCUGAUGCCUCCCUGUGCGGCAUGGCGGCCACCAGCGCCUCGGGCACCAAUGCUGUGCGCUACGGCACCAUGCGCCACAACGUGCUCAACCUGCAGGUGGUGCUGGCCGAUGGCAGGGUGCUGCACACGGCCGGCCAGGGCCGCCACUUCAGGAAGAGCGCUGCUGGCUACAACCUGACAGGGCUGUUUGUGGGCUCCGAGGGGACACUGGGGCUCAUCACCCAGGCUACGCUGCGGCUCCAUGGCAGCCCUGAGACCACAGUGGCAGCCGUGUGUGCCUUCCCCAGCGUGCAGGCUGCGGUGGGCUGCACGGUGCAGGUGCUGCAGGCCUGCAUCCCCGUGGCCCGGAUCGAGUUCCUGGAUGAUGUCAUGAUGGCUGCCUGUAACCGGUUCAGUGGUCUGAGCUACACCGUGUCCCCCACGCUCUUCCUGGAGUUCCACGGCUCGCCCAGCAGUGUGGAGGAGCAGGUCCGGCAGGCAGAGGAGAUCGUGCAGCUGAAUGGCGGCUCAGACUUUGCCUGGGCCCGGGAGCCAGAGGCAAGGAACAAGCUGUGGGCCGCUCGGCACAACGCCUGGUAUGCAGCCUUGGCCCUGCGCCCCGGAAGCAAGGGCUACUCCACGGACGUGUGCGUCCCCAUCUCCCGGCUGCCCCACAUCGUGGGAGAGACCCACAGAGACCUGCAGGAGUCGGGGCUCACAGGCCCGAUAGUCGGGCACGUGGGCGACGGGAACUUUCACUGCAUACUGGUGUUCGACCCGGCCAACCUGGCUGAGAGCCAGCGCGUCAAGGAGUUUGCAACCCGACUGGCCAGACGGGCCCUAGCCCUGGACGGCACCUGCACGGGCGAGCAUGGCAUCGGCCUGGGCAAGCGCCAUCUGCUGCGGGAGGAGAUCGGGGAGCUGGGACUGACCGUCAUGAGGCAGAUCAAGGCCACGCUGGACCCCAAGAAUCUCAUGAACCCUGGGAAGGUGCUGUGAGGGGCACCGCCCACCCUCGCCCAGCCAGCCCAGAGCACCCAGCGCUGGCACGGCAGGUUCCCUCCCCCUCCCCAUGCAGACAGUGACUCGAGUCUGGACCCUUGAGCCGAGUUGAGGCCCCUGGAUCGUAUGUGCCACGGGAGGGAGGGACUGGAAGCGGUAGAAGACAGCAGGCUUAAUGUCAGCAAACCCCUUCCUGUCCUCCCUGCCUCUCCUGGCCCUGGGCUCCCCCACAGCUCUGCUACUACCCCCUUCACCUUUCCCAGCCCUGGGCUCCCCCUCACCUCUGUCCCAGCCCCCCCACCCCGCCUCUCUCUGCCCUAGGACCUCCCAGCUCUGUCCCAGCUCCCCCCACUGCCUCUCCCAGCCCUGUGACUCCCCCUUGCUCUGCUAUCACCCUCCUCUCCCCCGGUCACCUUUUCUGGCCCUAGGCUCCCCACUCUCAGCUCUGCCUCAGCCCUCCUGCCUCUUCCAGCCCUAGGACCCCCACCCCAGUUUUGCUAGUGGCCUUGUGACAAUGUGGGGAAUUUUCUUAACAGUUUGUAUGAAUACUGUGUGGGCCUCAGUUUCCCCUGUGUGCUGCUGCUUACCCAGGGGGUGGGUGAGGGGGUUUGGUGUUGCAGAGGCCCAGGUGUGACCCUGCCUAGCAGCCUGGCCUGGACGCUGUGUCAUUUAGCUACUGAAGACUAGGCGGCCCUGCCCAGCUUGGAACCCACUGGGUCCGGCCAGCGGGAGAGCAAAGGGCUGGAGAGGGCCCAGGGGAUGUGUGUGCCCGGAACAAAGACAAAGGACGGAGGAGGGGCCUUUGAGGAGGUGGUAGAGGGGGUCGGCUGGAUGGACCAAGUGGGGGCUGGGCUCUCUGGGACUUGGCCAGACCCAGUUGUACUGUGCAGUAACUUCCUACUCUGUGUUCCCCACUUCCAAUAACCUGCUGCUUUACACGCUGGCUGAGUCACUACAGGCUAAACAGGCGGGGGCUGUAUUGCUCCCUCAGGGUGGGCAGGCCACGGGGCGCUGACAGGGGCUCACGGGGUGAGGCCGCGGGCUGGUGGUCCCCCUCGUGAGAACGCGUGACCUUACGGAGGGUAACAUUGCAAAGGGGCCUUCCCAGGGACCGGAUGGAGGAGUGAGAGAGCACCAGGGCUGUGCCUGUGUGACACUCCUCAACCCCAGCCUGCAGGCUCCUGCUGGCCCAGCCUUGGCCUAGGUCCUUCCCCCACCCCCAUUCUGCCAGCACCCUGCACAGCAGAGCCAUGGCGCUGGCUAACGCAAAUCCAGCCCCCCACAAAGCCAGUGCUAAAGCUGGCUGUGAGCAGAGUGACCUCCUGCCCUGGGACAGGGGCAGAGGGCUGGGGGGAGACGGUAUUCCCCUCAGUGCUCAGUCAAUAAACCCACCUUCUGCAAAGCAGGUCCCCAAAUCCGGCAGUGCCCAGGGCCCACCCCCACCCUCCCUGGAGCCUAGCAUGGCUUUAUGCCCGUCUAUGGCUCCGGGCAUCCAGACUGGGUGCUGAGAGCCUGGCCCAGCAUGGCAGCCACUGUGCCAGCUUCCAAUGGCACGGGCAGAAGCACCUCAGUCCUGUGUGGCCCAGCACCCGCCAGGGCAAAGCUCCAGACAGGUAAGGGCAGGGAGCAGGGCAUGCUGGGUAGGCAGAGGGCUGGGGGGCACCUGUGCCAUGCUGUUCAUGGGGCCUGCUGGGCAUGGAGAUAGACUGGAGAGGGGCCAAUGGGGCCCCAGGCGGCUCCCCUCUGCCCCUGCAGUCUGGCCGUCCCCGAGCACAGCGUAGGGGUGAGCCCUACGUUCAGCCUGCAGCAAACAUGGGAAUUGUUUGUAAUACAGCUGUGAAGCCCA